AUGGCUAAGAAAACGGCAAUGCUGAAGAUUCAGUUGAUAAUCGCAUCAUUGGUAGUUGCAGUGAGUACUGCUAUGACAGUUUGGUCAGUAGUCACGUAUAAUCCGAAUUAUCGUGGCGUGGGCACGUAUUUUUCCGGCAACUGCUCCAGAGCGAGCAUGCUGAACAGUGUUAUUCAUGCAGCAAUGAAUAUCCUUUCCAGUCUACUCCUUAGCUCCGGAAACUAUUGCAUGCAGUUGCUUGUCUCGCCUAGUCGAUAUGAGAUAGACAAGGCACAUUCGAGGGGAAUAUCGCUAAGAAUCGGCGUUCCUAACGUUACAAACCUGCGGCACAUUUCUCGUGGUAGAGUGGUUGGAUGGUUGUCUCUUGGCGUCACAGCAGCUCUUUUACAUUUCGUUUGGAACUCGGUCAUAUUCACGUCAUUGCCUAUAGUGUCAAUCCCACGCGCCUUAGCCACAGCUGAUUUCCAAGCGGCACCAGAUAACUGGACCACCAGCGACCCCUUACCACAACGUUGGUGGUGGAAUUUUCCAUCCGGUGACAGAUGGGGUACCGUCAAAUACGAUCUAGCGCCAGUUUAUACCAUGAAAACGAAUGCAGCGAAUUUAACGCGGUUAGACCCUAAAGAAUGUGUCAACGAAUACUUGAAUCCGUUGAAGUCCACAAGAGCUGUCUUGGUCGUUGCUCAGAAUAUUACAGCCGAACAAAACAAUGGUUCAUCCUUACUCGAUGGUUGGAUGAGUGGAUGGGACUACUGGGACGCUGGUAACUACUGGUUAUGCUCGGCAUAUGACUCGGGAGCGUAUACAAAAGCAUGCAACUUAGAAUGGGCUAAUACGCUGGAUGAUGGUUGGGUAGUGGGGAAGUCUGCUGGAUUUCCAAACAUCCUCGUUGAUCAUUGUUUGGUUGGCGACGAGGGUAACAAUGAGGAAAGAUGCGGGCUUCAUUACAGCUUGCAUAUUAUGGUUAUCGUUUGCAUCUGCUCUUCUCUGCAGUGCUUGCUCGUCCUUUGGACAAACCUAUCCUUUCGCAAAUAUAACGCAUCCGGGGAAAAUGGAAGACGUCGACGUGUUAUGAUUACCAUCGGCGACGCGAUCGCUGAUUUUCUACAUGAGCCCAGUACCGAAACUAACGAAGAAUGCGAAGGCCAAAAGGGUCUGAACACCGCGAAAGGAGACUUCUACCAACUUCGCCUAACGCAAUGGAACGAAUAUCAAAGUUACUGGUUCACAGCUGUCAGUAUUCGGACUUGGACAGUAGCACUUAUUCUCUUCAGUAUUGGCCUAGCAGUGCCUUCCGGGCUCAUUGGAGAGUAUAUUGACAGACUCAAAAGUGAGGGCAUGAGUCUAUCAUUUUUUGACAUAUGGGGGUUGGGAUUCGAGGUCAAUCCAUCGAUGAUAGGCCACUCUUUUUGGAAAUCCCAAGGCGAGGGGGGUGUAGACCUGAUUGGAAACGUCCUCGUUGCCAACUUGCCCCAGGUGAUAGUGAGCUUCAUAUACCUCUUCUACAAUUCCAUCUUGACAAGGCAGUUGGUGGCGGACGAAUGGACUCGCUUUACCCGGCCCGAGGGGAAGAAACCCCUCCGCGUGACCUCGCCUGUAGGCAUGCAGAGGUCUUCAUACUUCCUUUCUUUGCCUCUGAAAUACUCCAUCUUGCUUAUGAUGGGUUCCAUUCUAUUACAUUGGUUCAUAUCGCAGGGAAUAUUCGUUGUGCAGACCAGCUACUUCGGUCCGGGAGCUAAUGGCGAGCGACAUUCGGAGUUCGAUGUCUCUGCUAGAGGAUAUUCCGCUUUAGGGGUCCUCUUGGCUAUCACCUUAGGAGCAAUCUUAGUGCUGGUUCUCAUGGUUAAUAGCUUUGCCAGGAAAUUUCGGGAUAUUCCAGCUGGCUUCCAGCUAAUAGGGAUGAGCAGUUCCGGUAUUAGUCUAAUGUGCCAGCGGCCAGAAGGGGAUUCGGAUGCUCAUCUAUUUCCUGUCAGGAUAGGUGUCGUGUCUGAGGGUGAGAGUAAGAACGGUGAGGAAGAAAUAACAAAAGUCAAAGAGGGCCGGAUAGUUUUUUCAACUGCUAUCGACCUUGAACAACCAAAGGCUGGAUCGUGGUACUUACUACCCACUCUAACAACAUCAGGAAAACGGGCAAGUCGCAUAUUUUUCAAGUGGUAG